AUGGCUGAAGAUAAUUUGUCAGCUGUUCUCUAUGCAGUUGAUGACCUCCGUUUGGAACAAGUUCCAAUUCCAAAACCAGGGCCAAAACAAGUUCUAGUCAGAGUUCAUACUGUUGGUAUCUGUGGAAGUGAUGUUCAUUAUUGGACUCAUGGAGCCAUCGGACCUUUCGUUGUGAAAGAACCAAUGAUAGUAGGUCAUGAAACGUCUGGAGUUGUCUCCGAAGUUGGAAGUGAGGUGAAACAUCUGAAAGUAGGAGACAGAAUCGCAAUGGAACCUGGGCUACCAUGCAAACUUUGUGAGCAUUGUAAGACUGGAAGAUACAACCUCUGCCCUGAAAUGCGAUUUUUCGCAACCCCUCCAGUGCACGGAACUCUCUCAAGAUAUGUGGUACAUGAUGCUGAUUUUUGUUUCAAACUCCCAGACAAUCUCUCAUUUGAAGAUGGAGCUCUCAUUGAGCCGUUAUCUGUUGCUAUUCAUUCUUGUCGCCGUGGAAAUGUUCAAAUGGGACACAGGGUUUUGGUGCUUGGAGCUGGACCAAUCGGUGUUCUGAACCUUCUGACUGCAAAAGCUGUUGGAGCGGGAAAAGUUAUAAUAACUGAUCUUGAUGAUGGCAGACUUGCACUUGCCAAGAAGCUCGGAGCGGAUGCGACAAUCAAUGUGAGAGGAAAGUCGCUGGAUGCAGUAAAAGAAGAAAUCAUCAAUGCAUUGGAUGGGCAGCAGCCACAAGUUUGCAUCGAAUGUACCGGUGCGCAGCCGAGUAUUGAAACAGCGAUAACGACAACGAAAUCAGGCGGAAUCAUCGUUCUUGUUGGCUUAGGAGCUGAUAGAGUGGAGAUUCCAAUUAUUGAGUCAGCUACUAGAGAAGUCGACAUUCGAGGAAUUUUCAGAUAUGUCAACUGCUACCCAACUGCCAUCGAACUUCUCAGUUCUGGAAAGUUGGAUCUGUCCGGGUUGACUCGUGCUCAUUACAAAUUAGAAGAGACUCUGGAAGCAUUCAAGAGAACUCAGAAGGCUGAUGUCAUCAAAGUAUUCAUUCAUUGUUAA